AAUUUUAUAUUAUAAUAGUAUAUCGGCACUUUUUUAAUGAUUCCCUCGUCCUUGUGACGUCCACGCCGUGCAGCCAAGAAUCGUAGAUCGCGCUAUACCUAUAAUAAUAUUAUGUUAGUAUAAUAUUAUGAGUUGUAACCGCGAGUUGUACCUAUUCGCGUUGGGUGCCGACGACGACGACGCCGUAUUCAUUCGCUGCCGAUAAUUUAAUGCGUAUGGUUGCAGCCGACUCGCCUAAGGCUUACUUUAUGUGUGCAUAAUAAUUAAUAACAACGUUACAUCGAGGCGCGCAUGCUAAAAAACGGUUAAAUGUAAGUUAGGUGCCUACCUGUAUAAUAUUAUAACCAGCGAGGCCACAAUUUUACCACAGCCGAACCACUGUCUUAACUAUCAUAUUAUAUAGUAAUAAUAGUCCUAACUUAUAAGCGGUACUUUGUACAUACCAACGAAUAUUGUACACAUCGCAGGCUCAGUUGGAUUUUCGCGACGAUACGGCCGAACCGGUCCACCAGCCCACGAAGCAGACUGAGCGAGACCUGUGUUAUAAAUGUCUGAUGUAACAAAAACAACGAUUCCGGUGCUGUUACAAGUUACCGUCGCUGAAGAAGAGCUGCAGCGCCUGCACGUGGAAUCUACAGACAGUGUUCGCGACGGAGUUUCCGAGUCGGAGGAUGAUAAUCUGACUGAAGUCGUGAUUUCUGACAGUAACCCUGAUCAUUACAGUAUUGUGUCUAAUAAAUUCACUCACGAAUAUCCUCUAUCCGCACCGACGAAUAAUUCUAUACCUGGUACAGAAACUAACAAAAUUAUGGCCAACUAUGCAGAUAUUGUAGAGAAAGCUAAAUCAGCUUUCAACAGUAACCAAACAAAAUCAUUACAUCUCAGAAAACAUCACCUUAGGCAACUUCUCAAGCUUUUAAAUGAAAAUUCUUCAGACUUACAAAUAGCCCUAGCUUCUGAUUUAAGAAAGAGCAAGCAAGAAGCAGUAUUGUUUGAAAUUGAAUAUUUAAAAAAUGAUAUCAUCAACGCUCUAGGCUCACUAGAGUCCUGGAUGAAAACUGAAAGGCCUGAUAAACCAUUGAUUAAUAUAAUGGAUGAUGUAUUAAUACAUAAAGAUCCAUACGGAGUUGUAUUGGUAAUGGGAGCUUGGAAUUACCCAUUACAACUAACUUUGUUACCCGUAGUUGGUGCAAUAGCUGCUGGAAAUAGUGUCAUUAUAAAGCCUUCUGAAAUAGCUCCAGCUACUGCAAAACUCAUUGCUGAACUAAUACCAAAAUAUCUCAACAGAGAUGCUUUUCCAGUUAUUUUAGGAGGUGUAGAAGAAACAACUCUAUUACUUAAACAAAGAUUUGAUUAUAUUUUCUAUACAGGAUCAACAUCUGUAGGCAAAAUAGUUAGAGCUGCUGCAAAUGAAUACUUGACACCUGUUACAUUGGAAUUGGGUGGUAAAAGCCCCUUAUAUAUAGAUGGUACUGUUAAUAUGGAUAUUGCUGUUAAGCGUAUCAUUUGGGGGAAAUGCAUUAAUGCUGGACAAACAUGUAUUGCACCAGACUAUGUUUUGUGUACCCGUCAAGUUCAAAACUCAUUUGUGGAGAAAGCUAAACAACUGUUAAAAGCCUGGUAUACUGAUGAUCCAAAAAAUUCUCCAGAUUUUUGUAGAAUAGUUUCUGAAAAACAUUUUGUGAGAUUAUUAGACUUGAUGACUAAUAGCGGAUCAAUUGCAGUUGGUGGUAGACACGAUAAAAAAGAUCUCUAUAUUGAACCAACAAUAUUGACUGAUGUGGAACCUACAGAUCCCAUAAUGAAAGAAGAAAUUUUUGGUCCAAUUUUACCAAUUUUAAUCGUGGAUAAUGCUUAUGAUGCUAUAAAUUAUAUUAACAGCAGAAAUCACAGCCCAUUGGCUUUAUACGUAUUUACCAAAAAUAAAGCGGUCAUUGACAACAUGUUGGAAAACGUGAAAGCUGGGGGAGUUUGUGUCAAUGAUACUGUAGUACAUGUAACUGUUGAAAAUCUACCAUUUGGAGGAGUUGGUCUUAGUGGAAUGGGAGCUUACCAUGGAAAACAUACAUUUGAUACAUUCACGCAUCGUAAAAGCUGUUUGGUCAAAGAUUUCAACAUUAUAGGAGAAUCCUUUUCUUCAGCAAAAUAUCCACCAUACUCUGACAAGAAACUGAGCAUGGUAUCUUUUUUGAUGAAGAAGAAACCAAACAUUAAUUUCAAAUUUCUGCCAUAUUUGUUUGUAUUUGGUCUUGGGGUUUGUGCAACUUUUGCAUUCAAGUAUUUAAAUAAGAUUGCUGAUGAAGAAACAAAAUUAAAUUGAAAUUGGUAAAUUAUAAAUUAUUUAAUCGUG